AUGGCGACGCUAACUGAGACCCCGCCCGAUAGGUUCCAGAAACAUGUCGCAUUUGACAAUGUUCCAACCGGCGAACCGACGAAGAAUAAUGCUAUCUCAUUUACGCUCAAUGUUCGACACAAGGGCUACCAGGCUAGGCGCAGAUCGCGGUGUUUUAUGGUUGGGGUUGACGAGCAUACCUACUCCGAUUAUGCGUUGCAGUGGCUGCUCGACGAACUGGUCGAUGACGGUGACGAAGUUGUUUGCGUGCGAGUAGUCGAAAAAGAACUGCGGCUCACGGACAAGCAGUACAGGGACGAUGCGCAAUCGGUUAUGAAGGGGAUUGUUGCUCGGAAUGGCAAUAACAGAGCCAUCAACAUUGUCCUUGAAUAUGCCGUGGGCAAGUUACACACGACUUUUCAAGUCCUAAUCCAGAUGUACCAGCCUGCAAUGCUCAUUGUGGGGACUAGAGGACGCACCCUCGGUGGUCUUCAAGGCCUGGUCAACACCCGCAACUCGUUUUCCAAAUACUGUCUCCAAUAUUCACCUGUCCCUGUGGUAGUGGUUCGACCUACCGAAAAGCGCAUCAAAAAGAAGGCCAAACGUGCCAACGACUCUGCCCGACAGACCUAUGUGAGCAUGUUGGCCGCAAAUGCCGGAAAGCAUGAGGCCGAUAGUGAGGCAAGUAGCAUUUAUGAGCUCGAGGUCCAAAACUCGCCCGACGAAGAAGCGCAUCAGGUCGCACGCGCUUUAGGACUACCUGCGUCUUUCGAUCCUACGAUUAAGCCUCUCAACCAUAGCCAGAUACCGAAUCGCAGAUCCACCGACCCUACUGCUGCUACUGGCCCUGUUAAUGAAGCCGCGGAGAACCAGCGAGUCGUUAAAGAUGAUGUCAGUGUCGCCGCUGAGAGCGAUGACGACGACGACGACGACGACGACGACUCUGGAGAGUUCGAGGUCAUGAGCGGGCAACAAGCCCUGGAUAAGCAGAAGAUGGAUCAGCUUCAUAAGAUGGAGGUUGGUGAAGCAGCAGCAUUCAAGAUGAAGGUGGAUGAGGAACUUGAUGAAGAAGAUGAUACCCCCUCAGCCCCGAAAGGAACAUCAUAG